UGGACUGGGGGAAGGGGUCCCUAGGGUUCCUCUAACAGCUGUGGCCCAGGAGGACGGUAGAGUUGCUGACCUUUGAGUUUAGAAACCAGGGGUUUGGAUUGGGAGGGUUUCUGAGUUAGUGUCCCAGGGAAGGGUGCAACUGUGAAGGCAAAGGUCAGUGUGAGGAGAGGCUGAGGAAGAUCAGUGUUUUGAGGUCUCCUAAUACAGGCAUCUCCUUCAGGAAGGCGAAAUUCAGCGUGCCUGGCCGUUCUUGGGCACUGACUGUCUUGUGGCACCUCUCAUGGGUGAACUACUUUGCAAUGAUGGCAGAUCUCAGCUGCUGUUCUCAAAUGCUUUUACUGAGGAUGGAAGAGAGACCAAGCUGAAAAAACAAUUUUUUUGCAGACUUCUUCAUUGCUUGCUAGAAUGUUUCUUAUGAAUGCCUCUCCUUUGAUAGCUCUGCAGACAAAAUGGGAGUCCUUUGGACAAUCAAAGAGUUGUAGAUACCCUGUUUGCUUCUCUGAAUCUGAAGAGGAUGUUACUAGAGCAUCUGUAAGUGCUAAAGUUCAGAUGAUCAUAAACAACCUACAAAGUCAAGAGUCUUCUCUGGGUAUGAACAAUGAUUAUGAUUGUAUUACACAUAAAAAACAAAAGGGAGGAAAAAGGGGUAACAGACUUACACCUAGCACCAGGGUGCUGCAACAUCACACUAAAUAUGCCAAGCGUGGUUGCCCUGCUGAUUCUGAUGGCACAGAAGUGGAAGACAGUUCAGAGUUUGGGACCCUCCUGUUGGAUUCAGAUAGUGAUGAUUCUGUUGACCGAGACAUAGAGGAAGCCAUUCAAGAGUACUUGAAAAAGAAAAGCAAGAGUAUUCAGCCGUUGCCAAGCAAUGCAGAGUGUUCAGAUAGAACAGAAGGAGACAAGAGGGUCAAAAGGGAACUCUCACAGAACAAGGUGACUAGUAAUCUACUUCCUAUGACAUGUACAACCAAAAUGGUGACUGAAGGCUUCAUUUCUGACCAUUUGGGAAUUUGUGAAAAGCUCCGGUCUGCUUCACCUCUGAGCAUCAGUAGUGAUGACUCUUUUGAACAGAGUAUACAUGCUGAAAUUGUACAGUUCUUGAAUGAAAAGAAACAGCAAGAAACUAGGAAGUGUGUAAUUGUGGAGGAUAAAAAACUAGAACGGAGAGAGACUCAAAUGACAUCUAUGUUUAAAUGUAACAAAGAAUCGACUAACAAAGCAAACCGCAGUAGUUUAAAGCAAGGAUGCAAAGCACUCCUUUUAAGGCACCGGCCCAAACUAAGGAAGACAAAUGUACAAUCUAAGUGUUUGAAAUCUAAAAUCAGUGAAGAGCCUAGUGAUUUUAGGAAAGCAAACCAAGCACAUUUUAAAAUGACUGCUACUAGCCAACCCUGGGUUAUAGAGCAAAAUAAAGAAGGUGAAACCAAGAGAAAUUUCUGCAAAACCGGAGGGGAACAAAUUAUUGAAAGCACACAUUUAUCUGAUUCAAGUAGUGAUGAUGGUAUUGAAGAGGCCAUUCAGCUUUAUCAGCUGGAAAAAAUCAAGAAAGAGGCAAAUUCUACAGCAGACUCGCAAAAACGUAUAGCAGAUAUUUCUGCUAGCCUAACAAUUAGCUCAACAAAGAGCGCAUCAGCAGAAGACCCUAAAAAAACCUUAAGCAGCAAAAGGAGAGAGCUUAGUACAAAGUCUACACAAUUAAAAGGCACUGGCAAUGAAGAUAACAAACUGUUUAAGCCAUUGAAAAAAGCCAGAAAUUGUACGUCUCCAGUUAACAAAAUUGCCAAAUGCGAGCUCACGCUGCAGGCUUCUUGCAGGGCAGACACGGCCGCAGAACUCAUGUGUGCAGAAGCAAUCCUUGACAUUUCGAAAACAAUAAUGCCACCCCAAAUGGGAAGUGAGGACAGAUCACUUGCAGCCAACCCUUUCUUCUAUCCCCAAAGCAUGCCUUCCGCCCACUGUGAAAGUGACAGCAGCCCUGUGGACAGCGAUGAUAGCAUAGAGCAAGAAAUCAGGGCUUUUUUGGCUCUCAAGGCACAGUCAGAUAGUCUUAUAACAAAACCUGAUAACCUGUCUCACUCUGCCCAAGGGCCUUUGCCUUCUGAACCUAACCGUGUAAUUGGUGGUCUUGAACCUUCUCUCCCCAAAACAUUGAAUCUAUCGUUGAGUCGUAAAAGGAGACUUAAAGUGGAAAGCAAAGUGGUGAAGCAGAACAUUGACAAUAAAACAGAAGGGAUGGAGAUGGUGUGUACUCCAGCGGGUUAUGGUAAUAGCCCCACAAUCCCAAUUUUGCAAGGUGGGGGUAGCUUGAAUAGCCAUAGAAAAGCUUGUGAAGCUGAUGACAAAGGAACAAGUCAGCAGCUGACCUCUACAGAAUUAACUGGGCUUGUGGACAAGCAUAUGGUGGCUUUAGGCAUCACAGAUAAUUUAAUGCAGGUUCAUGAUAACACAAGAGAACUGAUAAAAAAUACAGUCCAAGCUCAAGAGGGAGAUGGUACAGAUGACAAGAGCAGUUCUCUGGACAGCGAUGAAGAUCUUGAUAGUGCUAUCAAAGACCUCUUACGGUCUAAGAGGAAACUAAAGAAAAAGUCCAAAGACCAAAAAUUCCAAUGCAAGAAGAAAGUCAGAUUUGGUGAGACAGAAACCCAGCUGUUGGAUGAACUUAGUGGCCUCCAGCCAGAGGACUGGAAAUGCAAAAGUCCUAUUCUGCUGAAAAGCUGCCUCUCAAAAUCACGUAAAGAUAUUAAGGAAAAUGCAGUUAGAAGCCCCCAAAACAACAUAAAUUGCAAGCUGUCUAAGGGAAGACCAGAAAGUAUAAAUGACUUACAGUUUGCAUUGCAGUUUAAAAACGAAUGUAAACCUAAACCAGUUUCCAACCAGAAUAACCUGGAGGCAGCUAAAAAUAAAAGAUGUUCUUUGACAGCUACUUCAGCAACAGAUGACAGCAGCUCUGUAGAUAGCGAUGACAGCAUUGAACAAGAAAUUAGGAAAUUUUUGGCAGAAAAGGCUAAGGACUCUGCAAGAAAUAUGGAAAUACAAAGGGAUAACUUAACUGCUGACCCACUGAGAGUUGCCAAACCACGUGCAAAUAAAGGAAAAACCAAGCAUCAGCUAACAGAAAAUGAGACUGACGUGUUAUCAGAUCAGAGUAAAAAGACUAAAAAGGUGUCUCAGCAAACAGAGGAGUUGAAAAGCUCUCGGAGAACUGUCAGACAAAGUGCAAUAAUUCACGAUGGUGGGAAAAGCGCAUCCUACACAGAGAAUGUGUACCUCCAUACUACAGUGGAGUUGAAGGCUGAGCAAGGAACAGCAUGGGCUAAAGGUGUAGCUGCUGGUGGUAUAUCUAUAAAAGGAAAUUCAUUAGGUAAAAAGAGUGCUAUAGAUCCUAAGCAGAAAAGUCCUCCAUCUGCACACAGCAAAGGAGAUGGUUGUAAAUUGCAAAAUUACUAUAAAGCUAAAUCUAAUUCCAAAAGAAAUAGCACCUUUCAGUUAAAAAUUUCCAGUAAAUUUAUAGCUGGUCUAAAAUAUGCUCGCGAUAGGAAGAAAUCUGUGCUUUUAAACAAAAGGCAAAAUACAGAACUUUCAUUUCCCCAUAGCAGCACAUUAAAGACUGCAGUAGCUCUCCCGAAUGUUUGUGCACUUGAGAGGAGAAGUGGAGACCUGAUGCAAAAUGGGAACAUUGGUGGAGAGGGAAAGACAGAAAUAAAAGAAGCAAAUUUUACUCCGAGCCUCGUAGUAGCAGAGACAGGUCUCCAUAUAGCAGAAACAUGUGAAAAACUGGAGACUGCUCCUUUGCAUGUUAAAACUGAAGAUGAUAAUUGCAGAAAGGAAAACACUUUGGGAGACAAGCAGAUGUAUUGCAGCUCAGAUUCAAAUCCAGAUCCCCCAUUACAGCAACCUAUCAUGGCAGAAGUAAAAGGGGACAAAAUUAGCAUAGAUACAUUAGUUUUGGAGAGCCAAAACAUGUGCAUUAAGGAGGAGGAAGGAGAGAGCCCUCAGGACAGCAACAGGAAGGAAGAAAUUAAUGUAGCCAGUUCUAAUAUGGAAGGGAAAAUGUUAGCCCAGCAAAGUAGGAAAGUUGAUUGUAAAGAGGACCAUGUUCAGGAAGCUUUAGACAGAAGUUCUGCAGAAUUUAGUGACGUAGCUGUAGAGGAAUGCACAAGUUCCCUGGUGAAAGGCAAGGUGUCAGAUUUUUCUUUAAGAACGUCUAUUGAUCCUGGAUUGACAAUACAACCUUAUAUAACUUUAUCUCCAACACAGCUAUGUGAAAAGCUUUCUUUAAAAAUCCAGAAUGAAAGGAGAGAAUUCCAGACAAAGAAUUGGAAACAAUGGAAGAAAUGAAAACAUGCCCUGAAGUCCUAGAACAGAAGUGGUGAAUGAGAAAGCAAAGGGUUGAUUUUUUUCCCCCUAAAUUACUUUUUCUUUUUUUUGGAAGCCAUAUGAUAGAUAACAAAAAUAAAAGCCGUUUGGGCAAAUUUUGGCCCUGGCUUUAUUGUACUUGUUCAACCCUAUUGACAGGUUAUAAAUGAAAGCAGAAUUUUGCCAAAUAUUUCUGUAUUUGAGAUCAUCAAAUAUUGUGUGUUGUAAUAGUGAAACUACACAAUGGGCCUCAUCCAAAACUCUUUGAGGUCAAUGGGGACUACAGGAGGUUUAGUUCAGCACCAUAUUUUUGGAUUUGUUUAUUCUAAGUUCAUGCCUUUAUUAGACUUACUAUUCACUUUCAUAUUCAAGUGUUUAAUUACUGAUCUUGUUAACUAGUAACAAAGUAAACUCGCUUUUCUUGUAGUUUUAAAAGCAUUGCCAUGCCAUGCUCAUAUUCAGUUUGGUUUUAUGGCAAUAUAAAAUGAUCCAAGUAAGAGAGAAAUUUUCUUAAGAAAAUAUUAUGAAAAAUAUAGGUUGUAGUAGUACAUAGACACACACAUUUUCUGUUAUACCAAAUAUUCCUUUCAGCUGGAAAAUUAUCAUAGCUUCUAGUUAUAUAUUAAGUGUAUCAAACUCUGAAACUAGGAUAGUGUCUCAUCCACAGAGGUAUUCAGAGCUAUUGGUAGAAAUGCGCUGUGAAGUUAGCACUGCACUGGAGUACUUUGUAUACAUAUGACAUAGGUGCAUUGGUUGUAUAACUGCAAUUGCAUUAAAACUUUAGAAAAUA